UGUAGCAGUGUGAAGGACGCCACUAAUUCCAUUUGGAGGUGCCUCUGAGUUUGUGGAGUAGACACCAUGAGAAAAAGUCACCCACCCAAGUUGAAAAAAUUUAUAGACAAGAAAUUAUCGUUGAAAUUAAAUGGUGGCAAACAUGUCCAGGAAAUACUGUGGGAGUUCAAUCCCUUUAUGAAUCUUGUGAUAGAUGAAUGUGUGGAGAUGGCAACUAGUGGGCAACAGAACAAUAUCAGAAUGGUGAUAAUUCGAAGAAAUACUAUCAUCAUGUUAGAAACCUUGGCCUUGGAAUGGAGUAUAAACAAUAGCUGUGUUCACCAGAAGAAAUCAACUGUUUCCACGUGUCCCCUCUGCAUAGCACCUGUUUUACUACAAUAUAAAAAUCAGAUCAUGUGCAUUUUCAUACUGAACUUCUUUGUUAAAUAAACUUUUGUAAAUAGUCAAAA